CGUAUAUAUAAUUAAUUAGUGCUUACAAGUUUCUCCUACAGUCAAGUGUCCAAGUCUUAAUUUCACUCCAAACGGUUUCUGCACCAUUUCGAAAGCGGUUCCGGUUUAGCCCAAGACCGCGUCUCUGCCCCCUUUUCGAAAGUUCCUUCCCCUCUCUCUCUCUCUCCAACAUCUACUUGUGCUGUAUUUUCUGUUAUCUAUGGUUAGAUUUUGUCAUAAUUUCUAGGGUAUUCAAGCAAGAGAUGUUACUUAGUUUUGAGAUUGAAUUGUUCUUCUGCUUAUUGUAAUUUUGAAGUGUUUUCAAGAAGCAUAAAUCUUUUGUUUUUUAAAAAAAGAAAUAAUUUCGUGAAAGGAUUCAAAAUUAAAAGCUUUAGUGCUAUGCUUUGUGGUUUAAGGAGCAGAGUUUAGUUUAAUUCCUUUGUUUUUUUGGCUUCUAUUGGAUACGGAGCUGACAAGAAUUAAACCAUGAGGAAUGGGAAAUGUUAUGGCGUGUGGAUUAUUAGAUCAAUUUUGCUAUAACAUUUAGCAUAUGAUUUGAGGAAUCAAAAAGAAAAGCUAGGUCUUUUUCUGAGGGGAGGUGGUGACUUCGAUAUUAGAUAUAUGGAUAUUGAUAGCGUUGGUGCUGAUGGUGGUUGUGGGGAUGCUUCUUACUUGGACACUGACUUAUUGCAGCUUCCAGAAGUGUCUCCAUUUGUGCUUAAAGCAAGUCCUCAGCUUGCUGAGAAUUUGUUCUCUCAGUGGCUUUCGCUUCCCGAUACGACUCGACUGGUGAAAUCUUUGAUUGAUGAUGCAAAAGUUGGCAAUCCUAUUAACAUCCUUGGGAUUUCCACUAGUUCAAAUUUUGGUGGGGCCAAUUCAUUGCCUUCCAUGUUCCCUGCUGGCAGUGCACCUCCACUUUCGCCAAGAAGUUUGUCUGGUUCUCCACGCACUUCUAAGCAGAAGACAAGCCCUUCUUCCUUGCGUUCCCCAUUAAAAGUAGUUAGAGAACCAGUGCGAGAAGUCAUACCUCAGUUCUAUUUUCAAAAUGGUCGUCCACCAGCAAAUGAACUGAAAGAACAAUGUCUCUCUAGAAUUGAUCACUUUUUCAGUAAUCAUCCAGAUGGUUUACAGAUAAAUGAGUUUAAAUCCCUUACAAAAGAAGUUUGCAAACUGCCAUCAUUCUUCUCCUCUGCACUGUUUAGAAAGAUAGAUGCUGAUUGCAGUGGGGUAGUGACAAGGGAUAAAUUCAUUAAGUAUUGGGUGGAUGGCAAUAUGCUUGCGAUGGAUAUAACUACUUGUAUAUUCCAUGUUCUAAAGCAGCCAGAAAACAAUUACCUUACACAGGCUGACUUCAAACCUUUUCUCCGAGAACUUUUGGCAACCCAUCCAGGGUUAGAAUUCCUGCAGACGACACCUGAAUUUCAGGAAAGAUAUGCUGAAACUGUCAUAUACAGAAUAUUCUACCAUAUCAAUAAAUCAGGAAAUGGACGUCUUACCCUUAGGGAGCUGAAACGUGGUAAUCUCAUUGCUGCCAUGCAACACGCAGAUGAGGAAGAGGACAUUAAUAAAGUCAUAAGGUACUUCUCUUAUGAACAUUUCUAUGUUAUAUACUGCAAGUUCUGGGAGCUAGAUACAGACCAUGAUUUCUUAAUUGAUAAGGAGAAUCUCAUUAGAUAUGGCAAUCAUGCCCUUACCUACAGGAUUGUUGAUAGAAUAUUUUCACAGGUGCCAAGAAAAUUUACUAGCAACUUUGAAGGAAAGAUGGGUUAUGAAGAUUUUGUUUACUUUAUGCUCGCAGAGGAGGACAAAUCAUCAGAACCUAGUCUUGAAUAUUGGUUCAAAUGCAUAGAUUUAGAUGGAAAUGGUGUGUUAACUCGCAAUGAAAUGCAAUUCUUCUAUGAGGAGCAGCUGCAUCGUAUGGAAUGUAUGGCCCAGGAAGCAGUGGUAUUUGAGGAUGUGUUGUGCCAAAUAGUUGAUAUGAUUGCACCAGAGAAAGAAAAUUACAUCACACUGCAGGAUUUGAAAGGAAGCAAGCUUUCAGGGAACGUUUUCAAUAUACUUUUCAAUCUGAAUAAGUUCAUGGCUUUUGAAAGCCGUGAUCCAUUUCUAAUUCGCCAGGAACGUGAGGAUCCAACUUUGACAGAGUGGGAUCGCUUUGCACAUAGGGAAUACAUCAGGCUUUCAAUGGAAGAAGAUGUUGAGGAUGUCUCAAAUGGAAGUGUAGAUGUUUGGGAUGAAUCACUUGAAGCUCCUUUCUGAGUCAAUGAGGAAUAUCCUGUUUUUGGAUUGAAAUGAAUGGAGUAUGACAAUUAUGUUCUAUUGUCACAUUGUACUGCAAAUCUAAUUAUAGUAAUCUUUUCUAUGUAGCUGGGGUAUGGAAGUCUCUCUUGUUGCUUUAUUGAGUUUUGGAUUGGAAGAAAGAUUACUCGAGUGAAGCUCAUCAAUAUACACAUCAGUUAUAUGUUUCAUUGUUGGUCAUGAUUUUGACAAACCCUAUCGGUCCAGCAGGUGACCAGCUUACAUUUCGCAAUUGCAUUAAGCUGCACUCCAGAAUUCUGUGGUGUCAAUUUCAGGAAUGUUGGCCAAACCUUUGAAGUGAGAGAUAAGGUAUUAGACAUUCAUACAGCUGUCAUCGGGUAGCAUGUUACUGCAGAGGAUCAGCUACAUUUUCUGGUCGAUUUUCUUUUUUCUUUUUGCUGUGUUUCUAUAUGGGAGAGGUAGCUGUCCUGUUCCUGUAAGCUUGGUGUAGCUUUUUCAGUUGAGAUCCACUUCAUCCUCUUUGUGUACUGUUGUUUAUAAGUUCAUUUUGUUGGAUUUAUGACAAAAAAGAAGAGUAUUUGGAAAAAAGUAGAAUCCUGUUUUGUGAUUAGACAGUUGUCACAGGGCUGAUAUACUGUCUACCUGGUUGUUCCCCAGCUCUAUCCCCGAAAGGUGAUGUACUGAACUCUCUUGGUUCCCGAAAGCAAGUGUUGUUUGAGACUCUCUGGUGCUCUCUUAAUAGGUGGUGUUAAGAAACAUUACCACCCUUCUUCA